GCAUGUCAAUGGAGACGACAGAAGAGGGAUUCACUGAUCACUCCAAUUGCUGCGAACAAAGAGGUGUUUCACCCGUUUGUCUCUCUCUAUGCAAAGGAAAUGUCAAAAGAAUAGAUUUUCGUCAUUUCGUAUGUUUGGAUCACAUGUCGACAAUCGUUAACUCUUGCUUUCCGUUGAAGACAUACACCAAUUGUAUUCUAUCGCACCAUAAAGUGCUUACGAGUGAACCGCAAGAGUUUCGCGUCAGUCAUGUCCACCACAAUUGGGCUAUAUUUAAGUGGAAACCGCCCAAGAAGUUGGCCCACACUAUCACCAAGUAUUACAUCCACUGGCGGGAGACGGCCAGCGAUUCGCAAAAUAUUUACCAAAUAGACAUCAGCAGCCGUUCCCCGCAUCUCAUCGACAAUUUAAAGCCCGGCUAUCGUUACGAAGCUUUCGUAUCGGCGGUCAAUCAGUACGGCGUGAGUGAGGGCUCAGUUCGCGUUAUAUUCUCGACCCCAAGACUCUCAACGCCCGACGAAAGAGAGUUAGAAGAGACUCAGUUUGGAUACAACGAGACGGCCUGUUGUGUGAGAGCAGCCCUUUCCAGGAAGUGUCUGCCUCUGUGUUCAUACAAA